AUGGAUCACCUCCCCAACCCAUUCCUGUUGUUGUUUUCAAUCACCACAGCCCCUCCCUCCUCCUUUUUGGUCUUCCCUAUUGAAAUAAGCAAGAAAGAAGCAUCAGAAGGCCACCGGACUUCUCCACAAUUCCUGCAUCGAAAUACUGGUAAAACAAAGAAGAACGAAGGCAGCAGCACCGAACUACCACCUCCGUCAACCCCUCGUCGCAGCUCACAGCCACCACCAGCACCGCCGGUUUUUACUGCUGCUCCACCUCUAAGACGAACAGGUGGUUUCCCUCCUGUUUAUGAAUCAGAUACACAAACAUGCAUGCGGUUUUGCCACAUGCAGUCCCCCAAGAAAUUGGAUUUAUCCCGGAAAUCACGACCUCUCGGCAACACAUCUCGACUUUCAGAACUACUCGUUAACCACUCGAUAAGAAAAUCAGUGAAAUGUCGGGCACACUCAGACGAUGGAAAACAUGGCACGCAAGUACUUUAAUUUUCAACUUUUGAACUGUUAUGCCUAAAUGUUAAGGCAAACUUGUAUUAUUAUUUUAUUACUAUCUGUAAGAACCAUGUAUGAAAACAUAAAUAUGUAAUGAAAUGUUGUUUUGUUUAUUGUUGUACUUGUGCUGUAUAUUCAAUUUAUCUGUGAUCCAUGAACUUAGUUGCACAGCCCGGCAUGUUCC